GCACGUGCAUUUGACGUUCCUUCAGUGCGGAUCUGCAGGACCUGGACUGAGUCCACUGUAGUGGUACUGUACACCCAGACCGACUACUUUGACCCCGACCUCCGUCUAACACGGACCCAGUGGACCUAGUGGACCCAGUAGACCCAGUAGACCCAGUGGACCUAGUGGACCCAGUGGACCCAGUAGACCCAUUGGACCUAGUGGACCCAGUGGACCCAGUAGACCCAGUGGACCUAGUGGACCCAGUAGACCUGUCGUGUGACCCUAGUAUGGCCGGUUCCACCUCCAGGACAGUGCAGGACAUCUUCCACACCAUGGAGUUCGGACCAGCGGGGACCUCCAGCCCGGACACCGCACAGGCCUGGCUGGACCAUCAGGACCACAGUCUUGGUUUGUUUAUCGAUGGCAGGUUUGUGCGUCCUUCAGAUGGACGGGCUCAGGUCCAGUUGGAGCUCAAAGGCGGAGUCACAUGCACCAUCGUGUGCACAGCGGAGGCGGAGCUAAGCAUAUGCACCUCCUCCUCUGUCAGCGCCUUUAAGUCCUGGAGCGCUCUGAGCUGUUCCCAACGGGCCAAGGUUCUGCUCAGGUUGUCAGGUGCACUGGUCCAGCAUGGUCAGUGUUUGUGUGAGCUGUGUGAUCUGAGCCACGCCCCCUGCUCCGCCCCCUCCCUCAUCAGACUGGUGCAGUACUACAGCAGCUGGGCCCAGCUCCGAGACAGCCUCAUGCCCCAGUGGACACCAUUAGGGGUUGUAGCUGUUGUCCUUUCUGAUGACUGCUCCUUCUAUUCACUGAUGGUGAAAGUCCUGCCUGCUCUGGCCAUGGGUAACUCUGUCAUCGUCAUCCCUGGGCGGAGCACCGCCCCCGCAGCACUCCUAUUCGCUCAGCUCUUUAUGGGGGUGGGACCUCCUGCCGGGGUUCUAAAUGUUCUAACAGGAAAUGACAUCACACUGGGCGCCAGAGUGGCACAGAGCGAAAGCAUCAACUACAUGAGCUACAGCGGAAACAAACAGUGUGCGUCAGUUGUGUGCAGGGCCACUGCAGGUGUGGGUGUUCCAGUGUCAGUGUCAGUGACAGUCGGUUCCAUCUGUCCAUUCGUCAUCUUUGAAACAGCUGAUGUGGACAGCGCUGUGGACGCAGUUAUAGAGGCAGCAUUUAAGAAGAACAAAGAGGUCCGGUGGCAGUUGUUCGUCCAGGACAGUGUGGUGGACAGUGUGGUGGCUCGUCUGCAGCUGCGUCUCACAUCCAUGAAGUGUGUGUCUGUGUGUGCGGACGCAGACAGGCUGCAGGUGGACGCUGCAGUUCAGGAGGCUCAGCAGCAGGGGGCCACGCUGCUUCAGUCCUGCACAGCGCCCCCUUCAGGGCUCCAGUACCCCCCCACUGUGCUCUGUGGCGUGGCCCCCUCCUCACCGUGUGUGGUGACCCCGCCUCCAGGACCGCUGCUGCCACUCAUGACGUUCAGAAGCAACGCAGAAGCAGUGACUCUGGGUAACCACAGCCCCCAUGGACAGGCAGCCUCCAUCUGGACUGAGGACCUGACCCUGGCACUGGAGACAGCAAAGAGUCUGUCUGUGGGCGUGGUCUGGGUCAACUCCCACUCUGUGUCUGACCCCUGUCUGCCGCUGUCCGGUCACAAAGACAGUGGAACCUGCACCGACGGAGGACAGCAGGGUCUGUACCAGUUCCUCAGGCCGUCCUCCUCCUCUUCCACUCCUCUUCCUCGCUCCGUUCCCGUCUCUAUGGACUACACCACCUUUGGAGGCGGAGCUCCGUUACCCAUCAUUCCUGACCAAUCAGAUGUAUCCAGUUCUCCUCAGUCCUUCCUCCAGUUUGUCGGAGGAAAAGCCUGUAAGUCGGAGUCUGGCUGCAGUGUGGCGGUGCGUCCUCCAGGUGGCGGCGGCGUGUUGGCGUACUGUCCAGACGGAGGCCGUAAAGACGUCCGCAACGCUGUGGAGGCAGCGCUCAAAGUCCAGCCUGGUUGGAUGAAGAAGAGUCCUUCUGCACGUGCUCAGACGCUCUACGCACUGGCCAAGGGCCUGGAGUCAAAGAGGCGGGACUUAGCCGUGUCCAUCAACUCCCAGACCGGUGUUUCAAUGGAGGAGGCGGAGAAGGAGGUGGAGCUAAGCGUGUCCAGGCUGAACGAGUGGGCAGCGUUCUGCCACCAGGUCCAAGGGGGAGGAGCUCUGCCCCUCCCACAGUCCGGCUCUGCUCUGUCCCUCCCUGAACCUCUGGGCGUCAUUGGGAUGCUCCUCCCUGACAGGAAGCCCCUCCUCUCUACGCUCACCGUCCUUGGGGCCGCCGUCGCCACCGGCAACGCUGUCGUCAUGGUGCCCAGUCAGAGUUACCCCCUGCCCAUACUCACAUUCAUUCAGGUCCUCCAGUCUUCAGACCUUCCUGCAGGUUUGGUGAACAUCAUAACUGGAAAUAAAGAUCAGCUGACAGCUGCUCUGGCCAAUCACAGCGUCAUCAAGGCCAUCUGGUACUGGGGCAGUGCACAGGGCUGCCAGUAUCUGCAGCACACGUGCACCAGUCCCCUGAAGACCCUGAGCCUGUUCUGCCAAAAGGAGACCGAGGGUCCAGAAGGAGGUCUGGACUGGACCAGGUCUGAGCCCACAUUCAUGGAGGAACUGUGGAGGAAGGCCGUCCAGUGGAAGAGUGUGUGGAUUCCAACAGCAUAAGAGGAGGACCAGGACAGGCCAGGACCAUGAAGGACCAAGACCACGAAAGACCAAGACCAGGAAGGACCAAGACCACGAAAGACCAAGACCAGGACAGACCAAGACCAGAAAAGACCAAGACCAUGAAAGAGAAAGACCAUGAUGGGCCGUCUAUUGGAAGAGUGGAAGACCAGGACAGACCAAGACCAUGAAGGACCAAGACCAGGAAAGACCAAGACCAGGAAAGAGGAAGACCAUACCCACAUGGACCCAGUCUGUGGACUCGUCGAAUCCAGGUGUUUGUGUUCGCACUAAACAAUAAGGACUAAUGUCAGAAUACAGGUGAAUAUUAUGGGAUAGAUCUGAGUGCAUUGGUUGGUUUGGUUCAGUUCUUCUGUUUGUUUCUAAAGUGACUCUCAGAUGGUUUGGACUGAAUUUACUUCUACGUUCAUUUUCUUUGUUUCUCUGAUUUUACAUGUGCUUCCUCUAAAUUUCUAAAAUAUCUUUCGUUUGUCUUUGAUGAUCACCCAAA